AUGAUUUUUUUUAAACAUAGAUAUCCAAGGGUUUUUAGGAAUGCUGAUUAAUAUUGUCAUUUAGAAAAAAAUUAAAAUGGCACUUAGUCAAUUACACACCAUAUUGGAUCCGCCAUAUACUAUAUCCUUUGCAACAGGGUCGUUUUCCUACAGCAAAAACAAAAAAAAAGUAACCAUUAUCACCCAAAACAUGCUUAAUCGCGUCCCGGACGGCGGACGGAACAGUUGGCAUUUAUUUUUCUGAAAUUAGUUAGGUGUUUGUUUCAUAAAUUUAGAUGUGAAUCUAAACAAGCCACUCCAGAUACCGUUCCAGGCCUAGAGCGUCUGUACAUAUGUUGCGAGAGAGCCCAGAAUUGCGCCAGAAGAGCUUGGUGGGGCCCACGUACAGGGUGACCAUUAUUAUGCUCGUCAUCGGACAGAUUCAGGUCUCGGCGGCCAUGGAGAUCACGCCACUUAAGGACUUUUUGGCGGAACGCUACUACCUCAGCCUGGUCCAGUUCCUUAUCAGCUUCCUGUCCAUCCAGCUUUACGGCUUUUUCUACCAUCUGAUCGUCAAAAAGCCUAUGUGGGUUCGGAUCCUGGCGGGCUUCUGGACGUACGAGGUUAACACCAUGUCGAUCAUGAAGCCCGCCAAACGAGCCCCAUAUUUCAGCCUCAUCGUUUCGGUGUUCCUCACCUUCCUUAUGAUGUCUAUCAGCGUAAUAUACGGAAAUAAGGCAGUGCACCAAAGAAGGGGCCUUUUUACUUCCCGCAACAAAGUGAUCCUUUGGAGCGAACGGAUAUUUGUGCUCACCUGUUUCGGCAUCAUCGUUUGCGCCGAGAUGAAGCGGGUUACCAUCGAGUUUCCUACCUUGCUUGUAUACACUAUUAUCUCGAACGUGUUCGUCCUUGUUUUCGCUGCCUCGAUGCGAAGACCAGACUUCUACCAUCACGAGUGCAACGGGGACUAUAUACUGAUCGGCCAGCUGUACUACCUCAACUUCUUCGCGCUAUACAUGGGCUAUGUGUGGACGAUAGCGUCGUUUCUGGAGCUGAUGAAGUGGGAUGUGACCGUUCAGAGCAUAUUGAAGUACCUGUUUGUCCGGGAAGUCACCGACUGAGUGGGACGCAUGCGCGGACUAUCGGAACAGCUGGGAAUGUUUACGCGAGGCGAGGCUUCCGCUUCUCUGACUCUGAUGGGGCAUCAGUGCUCAGUGCCUCGAUGUCGAUGGUGCAAGUUUGUCAGGGUGGCGCGACUCUAGUCGUUUCGGUUCAAUUCGGUUUGCCGGAAAAUCGAUAACUGUUUUCUCAGCACGCGCAAUUUAACCAUCGUCACUGAAUGUAAAUAAAUGGCCUUUUCUGUGAA